GCUGAAAACAGAGCGCCGGGUCUCGCGCAGCCUUUAGCGUGAGGCGGCAGCGCGGCUUCUGAUUGGCGGAGCGGCUGCAGGCGGAAGUCACAGGCGAGCGGGGAUUCCCCGAGGGAAGUUCCCAGCUAGUUGUAAAACAUGUAAAAAUGUACAUUUGUGCGAAACACUCCAUUUCCUCCCCUUUAACGUGAACAUUGAGAUGUAGAGCAGGACCGAGAGCGCGCCAUGACCUCAAAACGAUAAUUAAAUGACCCAUGACAGCUGCGUCCGUGAUGUUACUGAAGGCUGCGGCAUGGACCGAAACAUUGGUGAUCCGCUGAACAAAGCCUAUGAAGCCUACCGCAACAUCUCAAUUGAGAAUGAAAAUGCCAAAAGGCAACUACAGGAGAAGACAGAGCAGUUUCACCAGUAUACACAGCAGCUGGAGAAAAAGAUAGAAGACCAAGAGCAGGAGAUAUCAGCACUCAAAGCACAAUUAAAUUCAAUAAAGCGUGCUUCAGGGGAAGUGAAAUGUUGUGAGACUGCACACCGAAAACAGGAAACAGAAAGGUUGUCACCUAGUAUUCAGUGGCCUAGCAACUCCUCCACUUCCCACAGGACUAACUAUAUCCUGAAUGAAUCCCCGGAUUUUACAUCGGUGCGUGCACAUCCUGUACCUGGAGUUAGUGGCAUGAAGAUUGAGGAUGUUCUAGACACGCUUCAGGAAAUCCAGGGGACUUUCCAGAGGAUUCAGACUCUUGCAAGACGGCAGAAAGAUCACCUGAAAAGAAUACACAAAGGAAAUGAUACUGCCAGUGUUUCAGCAGAGAAACAGUUCUCCAUGCCCAUCCAGUGCACGGACGACACCGUCGAACAAGUUGAAGAGCCCUUCUCUCCUCCUUUAAGGCCAGAGGUUGAUGAGGGCUUGACCUCAGGUGCACUAGCAUCGCGAGGUGCCAGCCCAGAGGACGGUGACUUUAUGGACGAUGUUAAGUUCCCGCCACCCACAGAUAGUGAAUAUGAAUUUCUGCAUAGUGCUCCAGACAGAGGUUUGCCAAUUCCAGUACCCAGGAAAGACCUGUCAGAGCCCAUUUCCACGGUGUUGGAGGAGUCCUACUCCUCAUUCUCUGUUUCUACUCCAGCAUCACACCUGCUGCCUGCAUCCGCAUCACACGAAGGAGUCCGGGGACCACAACAGGGCUGUGGGGAGCCUGGAGCCUUUCCCAGGGAACUCGUGGCACAAGGCGGGGGACACCCUGGACAGGGUGCCAACCCAUAACAGGGCACAAUUGCACACACAUUCACACACCCAUUACGGACAAUUUGGAAAUGCCAGUCAGCCUACUGUGAGGCAAACAUCUUUGGACUGGUGAUGGAAACCGGAGUACCCGGAGGAAACCCCUGAAGCACGGGGAGAACAUGCAAUCUCCGUGCACACAGGGAAGAGGCGGGAUUUGAACCUCCAACCACAGAGGUGCAAGGCAAACAUGCUAACCACUAAGCCACCGUGUCCCCCAGUUAGGACACAUAUUUAGUUUUAUUUUUUAUAAAUAAAUACAAUUUUUAUGUAAAAAUACAAAUGAACUAAUUUUUGUAGCCAUUAAAUAAAGUAUCAUUAAAAUUUACCUGCAGGGAAAUUGUGCAAAAACCUACAGUAUAUGUUGUGAUACAUAUUGUGCAUCGUAGAAGUGACUUCAAGAUUUGUGAUAUGAUUUUUGUGUCAUACUCACAAACCAAAUCCUACUCAAACCCCUAAGUGCCAAAAUGCAACAUAAAUUUAGACUUGAUGUUACAAAUGUUGGGUAUUGUUUUUUUUUCUCUCUCUCUCUAAAUUGUGUUGUUAGCUUACAAUAUUGCUGAUCGAUAUUUACAGCAUGAGGUAGAUUUUGAGUUUUAGGUGAAAACAAAACCUGAGCUCAACUUGAAAAAUUCUGAAACUUGAAAGAUUAUGUUCCGCUUUAGCACUCUAAAUUUAGCUUGUUUACAUUUACAUUUUUACAUUUAUUCAUUUAGCAGACGCUUUUAUCCAUAGCAACUUACAAAUGAGGAAAUACAAGCAUAGUGAUAUAUCAAGCAGAGAACAAUACAAGUAGUGCAAGUGUAUACAAGAUUUUUAAUUGAGUUCUAGAAGAAGCAAAGUGCACAGAGUAGAGGUGUAAGAGCCAGAGUAAGGUGUUUUUUUUUUUUAGGGGUUAGUUAGGUGUUCACGGAAGAGGUGGGUCUUUAGCUGUUUUUUGAAGAUAAUGACAGAUUCUGCAGUCUGGAUUGAGGUUGGAAGUUCAUUCCACCACUGAGGGUCAGUUAGUGUGAAGGUUCUGGAAAGGGACCUUGAGUCACGCUGAGUAGGCACUACUAAGCGUCGGUCAUUAAUCGAUCACAGAUUGCGUGAGGGAACGUAAGUCUUCAGGAGAGUGUUGAGAUAUGGGGAUGUUGUUCCAGACAAAGUCUUGUACGUGAGCAUCAAGGCCUUGAAUUUGAAUUUGUUUCUCAGGGUGGUAAAUUUUAAUGUUGCUGUUGAUCAGUGUGAGGAUCAGUUAGGGAUCUUUACUAAGCAGUCAUGUAGAACUGACAUUUCUGAGAUAAGUGUGCACAUAUCAGUUGUGCAGAACUACAUUAGAGCCUGCAGUUGGACUUUAAAAUGUAUUUAAAAUGUAUUUAUCCUUAUGUCCUCCAUUAAUAUACCGUGCCAUGAUCUUUGCUUGACCUUCUGUUAUGCAUUAUGGUCUAUCAUGACAGCAAGCUGUAUUUUAAUUGUAACUCAGUGCUGUUGAAUUCUUGAUUCUGAUUGGUCAGAAGGUGUUGAUGAAUUUUUUAUAAUAGCAACUCAGUAGUUCAAAUAGCAGUUCAGGUUUGUAUUAAUGCGCUUAAUCUAAUGUGUUAUUGUUUCUGUAGUAACAAUGUACACAGGGACUUUUAUGUCAGACACUUCACAUGAAUGGAUAAAAACGUGUAAUUGCUGAUGUGGUGAUUGGUUUCUGUGAGGAAACAGUUGUUUCAUUACAGGUAACUAUAAAUGGAUAAAUAGUAUGAUAUUUUGUACUUGCUAGUGUUGGCAAGUAGAAUAAGAAUAAAACACUUCAAGACAUGCUGUUACAGGAAAAUAAUUUGCUGUGGUAACAGCCCUGCACUCCACCUCACACCACCCCAUCGUUGAUUGUUUCCCUAUAACGGCAUGCCUCAUUGGGUUUUAUUCCUAUUAAUCCCAAAAUACUUCAACCCUAUAAACUUAACCACAUUCCUAUUAGUUCUACUAAUACGAAUAGUUACUGAAUAGUUUCUAAUAGUUACUGGAAAUAUGAUUUCAUAGGAAUAUGUGAAUCAUAAAUUGAGAAUUUAAGAGGUAAAAGCCUUUGUUCAGUUAGCAGAAUCAUGAAAUUAUUUUUGCACAAAGGGUACCUGCAAAUUUGUGCAAAACAAAGAGUGCUAGAAGACAGCUGGUUUUAUGCUAGGUCCUGAUAUGCUGGAACACAGGAGUAGUGUAGUCAUGUUUUGAAGCGUCCAUGAUUACAAUAUUAUAUGCAGCUAUUUUGGUGUUUAAAAAUCAGCAACAUUUGCUUCAUUACAGUUUUGUACAUUGUGGUUUCACUCUCAUUUUAAUACAAAUGUACAUGUAUUGUAUUAAACACUGACUUGGUGUAUUAAGUGUUAUCUCUGUUUUUGAGCAGCCUCUGUGGAGCCCUGAACUGAUCCCUGCUAUUGCAUCGGAAACAUCAAGCAUGGGGUCUUCUCACUGUACUUUUUGCAAGGCUACUGUUCCCAGUGACCUCAUGUACAGCCACCUCAAUUCACACUUCCAGGACAAAGAAGGUGAUUGACAGAGCCAGACCCAGGAGCUGCUUACAAGCCGAUGUCUUGGCUUAUUCAUGGCUUUGUUGCCUGUCCUCUAUGCACAAUGAGCUCAGCACACGGCGGCCACAGUGGCUUUUCAUUCGGAGCAUGGUGGGAGGGGAGGUCUCCAUGCUCAUUUAUUUAAAUUGUAAGAACUUGAACGGUACGAUUUGUGGUAUUAACAACUCAAUUAAUCAGUCUGGUUUUGAUGUGUGGGACUUUUGAAUGCGUUGUCUGUGUAAUAAAGUAAUGCUUCCAUUUUAUAAGAUUGUGUUUGUCUGAGGUGUGCUAAAGUCCUUUGGUUUAAAGCUUUUUACUCUGUAACUGAAAGGCACCGGAUUAUUUAGGUGUACAAAUGUAAUGAGUCUAGAUAUUUUUAUUCUCCAGGCUGACACCAUGUCUUUUAAAAAUCCCUUUAAAGGUUCUUACAGAAUUGAAACUGAAAUGAAAUUUAACCCUGUCUAGGUUUAGAUGCGCAAACAGAUCCAACUCAUUUAAAAGCGUGUGGUCAGCGUGUUUUUCUUUUUUUGGUCUCAAUAACUCUUAAUUUAACGUCUUGAUUUUAAUUAAGCCAGCUGUAUGGCAGAUUUCAGUCAAAAUGAGAAAUAAUUGUUGGAUAAUUAUUUCGAUAUUACAACACCAUAUGGUUUUUGAGAGCAAUUUUGAACAGGUAUUGAAGGUUAAUUAAAACUUUGUUAUUACACAGAAUUUCUGUGGCUGACUUGAUGUGCAAUUAUAUGCACAAUUAUCCUAGUAUUGAAAGUGUGAUGUUUGGAGUCCUGAUUGCUAUUAUGUACGUAUGUAUUUAUAUAUAUAUAAUUUUAUUUAUUAAUUUAAAUGUCACUGUCAUUCCUCAAAUGAUGCAUUUUUUUUCAUAUUGCUUAAGCAGCAUGGUAAGGCUGUCACUAUUUACAGACUAUUGAUGUGGAUAAGUGCUGCUUUAAAAUGAAAGAUUGCACCUCUUGUUUCAUAACCUGCAUUUUUUCCCCACCGACUGCUUGAUAUCGAUAAGUACAGUAAUGCAUGAGUGAGAGUAGAUGUAUUUUCUAAUGGAGUGUUUUAGUCUGUCACCUUUCUGCAGCAUUGGACUGUGGGAGUAGAUCAUUAGCAGCUUCACAAACAAAUGUAAUAUUUUUCACCAGCUCAUGUGAUGAUGUGCUAAGGAAAUAGGGAAAAUAUGUGUACUGAAACACAGGCGUGUGCAGUGAGGACCUUGCAGGCCCCAGGAUUACUGCCUACUAACACUUGUGCUGGGUAGAUGAGCUGGUGUGAAGACUGCAAACUGGAUUUUUUUUUUUUAAUUGAUUCAGCACAGUUCGUUUUGGUUUGAGUAAGGAUCCACACUUUAGUGGUUUUUGGUGUACAAAUGAAUGAACAGGGUAACAGUAAUAACGAUGACCCAGUCACUGUGCAUUUAGAAUGAUCUCUCUACAAUUAUUUGAAUUCGAUUUGCAUAAAUUGGAUGUAUGACAAAAGUUUGAUCUAUAAAAAGAUAUGUGACAUGUAUAUUCAUAUUCAGGUAGACGCCCCACCACUUCCUCUUGCACCUGUUCCCCAGUUCUGUAUACCCUGUCUUCCUGCUGGUCUGACAGUAGCCUAUGUAGUGUGAUUUGUUAACCCUAGUUUACGCUUCCUUGUUUGCCCUGUUUUCCUAUUCUUGUGUUUUCUCUGUGUUUGAUAUACAACUACUAUCUCUUCUGUUUCCUGAAACAACCAAUACCAAACAGUAAUACCCACCCUACCUAUUCGUCUUCAGUUUCCGAGCAGGAGAUAUUCAAGCAUUCCAGAGCCAUCUAACACACUCCUGUAUAUAGGAAUUUAAAUAUUAACAUUAUAUAGGCUACUACACGCGUGUACUUGUACACCUUAUAAACUGUCUGCUAGAGCCAUUGCAGCCAUUUACAUUAAGGACUGCAUUUUAAAAAAAUCAGCAUAACUGAUAUUGUUUUGAUUGUGGCUUUCUUUCUUUCUUUUUUUUUUAAUGGAUGAAAUGAUGUGGGUGGCAGUGCAACCCAAAUACAAGUGUAAACCUUAAACAUAUCCUCCGAAUAGAGAGACACAGCUUUAAUGUUUAACAUUUGUACUCUCCAUCCUAACACUCCCCCUUCUCAAGAACACACAUUAUUAUCAAACAGCGAACAGCCGAGCGCCGUCAGAUGACUGAUAUUUACAAAGCUGAACAUUACAUUUUGCGAUAUUACAAUGUGUUCAGCAUAAUGACCGAUUCGCACUGGAUCAGCAGGCCGCUUUUAAUUCUCAUCGCUCACAGCAGUUCACAGAGAAUGAAGAGAGAAUUUAUUCUGGAAAUAUAGCAAACACGAUAUCUCCGUUCUCCCUAAUGACUCUCUCUCUCUCUCUCUCUCUCUCUCUCUCUCUCUCUCUCUCUCUCUCUCUGUGUGUGUGUAGAUGUGUGAAGACUCGGUGUGUGCGUGUGUGUGUGUGCGUGUGUGGCUCUGCAGCCUGCACUCCCUCACUGGAGCUGUGCACAGAUGCUUGUACAUAAUUAUGUUGUCAAUGCUUG